AUGGUUGAAUCAAUUAGUGGCUUUAUGCACCAUCUAAAGAGUACUUCUUUGAAGAGAAUUAAUAGUAGUACUACUGUAAGAAUUGCAUGCGGUAACGAAUCUGCAGACUUAGAUUCGGUGGUAUCAGCUAUCACAUAUGCCUAUUUCAGCUAUACUGGCAACAGUGAAGAUGCUUUGAUCCCAGUUAUUAAUAUUGAUAGUGAAGAUUUAAGACUGCGGAAAGAUGUUGUAUAUGUAUUGCAGGAAGCUGGGAUUAAGGAAGAUGACUUAUUCUUUACAGAAGACAUCCAGAAGCUGAAAAGCUUAGGUUGCAGGGUUGAGGCCAUUUUAGUAGACCACAAUGAUCCACAAGGGCUUGCUAAUGGCAUGAUCGAUGAAGUCUUAGGUAUUGUUGAUCAUCACAGUGAUCUGGGACUACAUGGUGACGAGAUUACUAAGGCUCGCGGUCCACGAAUAAUUGAAUCUGCUGGAAGUUGUUCUUCUCUUGUAUUCAACUAUUGGAGCCAAUUGCUUCCAAAGUCCUCUUUUGACACUAUGAAAGAUGCAGUUCGCUUAAGUUUAGGUGCUCUUUUGGCUGAUACCUCUAAUCUUCGCCAUAAGGUGGAAGAACAUGACUUAAAAGCGAGCUCCUUAUAUAAGGAAUACCUACCAAAUUUGGACUUUGAGGACUAUUAUAACACUAUAGAGGAGUAUAAGAAGGACUUGAGUGGAUUAAUGCCGACAGAAGUGUUGAAAAAGGACUACAAAGGAUUCCAAUUCAAAAAACUCGAUGGAGAAGUCAUACGGGUUGGGACUUCAUCUGCAGUGAAGCCAUUGGAGUGGCUAUAUGACCAGGGCAGAUUUGACGAUAUAUUGGCUGUUUGGCAGUCAUUCAUAGUGCACAAAAACAUCGAUAUCCUUGCAUUGCUUACCAACUUUAGUGUUAAUGGCUGUCGGCAACGGCAGUUAGCUUUCAUCAUCAAUGGGGAGCGCAGGAGGGGCGUGGUGGAGUCAAUAGUUGAUAGCAUUAAAGAUGCCACGAAGCUUGAAGAAGAUUCACAGUUAAGUGAUCGUAAAAACGGUGUGUUUGCAUUUACUCAAAACAAUGUGGAUGCCAACAGAAAGCAGGUUGUGCCUCUAAUGCAGGUUGCUAUAGAAAAGAUCUGUUAA